AACGCAUCCAUAACUAAACGUCAAAAUGGUUCCACGUGAUUACAUAACUUCCGUCAAUGGCGCUCGCUUCGCCCCUGCAUUUCCUUUAGCACUGUGCGUCAGGCGCGGUGUGGAGUGUUGAACGGUGAGAUAGGAUUUUAAAACAUAAUAAUGUUCUCCUCACUGCUGGAGGCGGCGCGCAGCUCGCCGUUCCAUGGCCCGCUCACUCCUGCUAAAUGUGAUGCCAUCGCCGCUCCCUCACAGGCCAUGGCCGCCAACGCGGCGGCGGAGCUGGGAGACUCCUGCGAGUUUGGCUCCACGAAAUACUUCGCGCUCUGCGGGCUCGGAGGCAUCCUGUCCUGCGGCAUCACCCACACGGCCGUAGUGCCCCUCGACCUGGUGAAGUGCCGUCUCCAGGUGGACGCAGACAAAUACAAGAAUGUGGUGAACGGCUUCAAGGUGUCCGUCCGGGAGGAGGGCAUGCGAGGGCUGGCCAAGGGCUGGGCUCCCACCUUCAUUGGAUACUCCCUGCAGGGUCUCUGCAAGUUCGGGUUGUACGAGGUGUUCAAGGUGGGAUACAACAACCUGCUGGACGAGGAGACGGCCUACACGUACCGCACGUUCGUCUACCUCGCCGCUUCGGCCUCGGCCGAGUUCUUCGCCGACAUUGCCCUCUCACCCCUUGAGGCCGCUAAGGUCCGCAUCCAGACCAUGCCCGGCUUCGCAAACACACUCCGCGAGGCGUGGCCCAAGAUGGUCCAGAAUGAGGGCUACGGCACCUUCUACAAGGGCCUGGUCCCGCUGUGGGGCCGACAGAUCCCAUACACCAUGAUGAAGUUCGCCUGCUUCGAGAAGACAGUCGAGAUUCUGUACAAGUACGUGGUGCCCAAGCCCCGCGCGGAGUGCUCCAAGAGCGAGCAGCUGGUGGUGACGUUCGCUGCCGGCUACAUCGCCGGUGUGUUCUGCGCCAUCGUGUCCCACCCGGCCGACACCGUCGUCUCCAAGCUCAACCAGGACAAGACCGCGACCGUGGGCUCCAUCGUGGGCAAGCUGGGCUUCGCCGGAGUGUGGAAGGGGCUCGGGCCCAGGAUCGUCAUGAUCGGCACCCUCACCGCGCUGCAGUGGUUCAUCUACGACGCCGUCAAGGUGUGGCUGCGCAUGCCGCGGCCGCCGCCCGCCGAGAUGCCGGACUCCAUGCGCCGGCGCCUCGAGGCCGAGGGGAAACUCAACUAAACCACACCGGGCCCGGGCCCACUGUACUCAAUCAUGGACAUAGCACUAGAGGGCUGCGGCUAGGUUGCCGAGCCGACGGAUUUCUUAUUUUUUUUAUUAGCUGAAGUAAUAUUGUCUUCGGUUACCGCGAUAGUUACUCAUGAAAUAAAACUAUGAAAACGGAUUAUAUCGCGUAUAUUGAAUUUAUAAUACAUCCCGACGUUUCGAACUCUUUACAGCGUAGUUCGAAACGUCGGGAUGUAUUAUAAAUUCAAUAUACGCGAUAUAAUCCGUUUUCAUAGUUUUAGCUGAAGUAACUUAACACAUUCACUGCCGACGUUUUCGUGGCGCUACGCUUUGUAGCCGAUCCCGGCGUUUUCCCGCUUUGUAGCGGAAAACGACUACGAACGGAACCCGCCGAGCUUCCGGCACUCGAUGCGUUAAACAUUAAUGUUCUUCUAAGUCAACUGUGCACCGUUUUAAACGGAACGGUGUGGCCUUCUCGUUAUAAUCGGCAUAUUUUCAUAGAAAUUUGACAAAAUGAUGACAUUUCCACACUUUGUCAUUUCAAAUAUAUAAAAUCGGCACGAACCCAUAAUGAAACUAGGUUGUUUGAACGGUAAAUUUACUUCAGCCGAUUAAAAAUCCGAGGAUUCCGUACCACACUGUAUUAAUAGAUCCGAUGUGAUUAAUUACCAUUUUGCAGUAUAAGUGAACGAUCAUGUUAAUUUAUUGUUGAAUAAAUUAUAUUUUUAUUUAUUUA